GAACCCACGUCCUCUGACUCCCAAGCCCGUGCUCUUUCCACUAAACCGCGCACUUGUGUCCGACGGAGCCCCUGGCCCGGAGGGCUGUCUCACCGUAUCGCUGGCAGUCAGAGCCCAGGGCUGAAAAGGCCCUGGCCUGGGCUGAGGUUAUUUGUCAGUCAGAGGGCUCAGGUAUCCAUUAGAGCCCUCAGAAACCUGGGGAGAUAAGGUGGGGCAAUAUGUCCAAUUCAGCUUUGCGCUUCUUUUCCAGAUGCUUCUUUCUGCCAACAGGAGCUCACUGGAGGGACCAAGCCCCCGGCAUAGAACCCCACCUCCCCCUUCAGACAGGUACUGGACCCAGAGACAGUGGAGUGCCUGGGGCCUGGAGGUCCGAGCCCAGAUCCUGGCCCUCCGCCACUGGCUUGAUGGCUUGGAGCAGCAGCUCCCCAGAACCUCUGGAGAGGAUCUGCAAGGGCUCCAGGCCGGGGCUCGGGGCCAGCCAGCGACCAUCAUGGGCAACUUGGCUCCCCGACCUAGCUGCCUCGGGGAGAAGGGGCACCGCUCUGAAGAGUUCCUGCGGGGUGGCCGAGGAGGAGGGGGAACCGAACCGGAGCUCGGCCCCGCCGGCCCGGCUCUCCCGGACCCCCUGCCGCCGGCCAGGCUUGGGAGCCCCGUCCUGCCAGACAAGCCGUGGGGCUGGCAGGCCCGCAGCACACGGGAAGUGACCGAGGUGACGGAGGUGACGGAGACGGUGGUGACAGAGAUUGUGGAGGUGACCCGUUAUCCAGGAAGCGGACGUCCCACCGUGACCCGCACCGUGACGGUGCUGACCGAGAGCGCCGCGGAGCUGCCCCUGGCUCCCUCGCAGGUGGUCCUUCCCGCUGCGGAGUUCUCGGAACCCCCUGAGACCCUCGUGUCGCUGCAGGCCUGGUUGGCUGACAUGGAAGAGCUGCUGGCUGGCCAGAGGCCCCUGGCCGCUGAGGUCAAAGUGGCCAUAGCCCAACUGCAGGAGCAGAAGCUCUUGAAGCGGCUCCUGGAGGAGUGGAGACCCCGUGUGGAGCGACUGCUGCAGGACAGAUGGACAUCGCCGCCCAGCCAGCCAGAUGGGGAAGGGGACAGUGGGACCCUCCCCAGUCUCCAGGGCAAGUGGGAGCUGCUCGUCCAACUGGCCGAGGCCAGGCAGGGACUGUUGGAGCGGAUCGUACCAGCCGCACAGAGCUUUCAGGCCGACCAGGAGGGCUUCCUGGCCUGGCUGGUCCCCACCGAGCGUCUCCUGGCCAAACUCUGGUGGGAGGACCGCGGGGCCGGCCGACUGCAGGAGGCACUGAAGCAGGUCCAGGGCCUGUGUGAGGAGAUCCGGGCGAAAGCCGCUGAGCUGGAGCGGAUCAUGGGCAGCGGCCAGAAGGUCUUAGAGCUGGUGACGGGGGAGGAGGCCCAGGCGGUACAGGAGCAGCUGGAGGCCCUGCGGGUGCGACUCUUGCUGGCCGGGCAGAGCGGGGCCGACGUUCAGCUGCGGCUCCACCAGGCCGUAGAGGCGGCGGCUCAGCUGCAACCGGGCCCGGAGCAGCCCGGGGCCUGGCUGGACCGGCUGGAGCAGGCGCUGAGGGCCGCUGAGCCCGCGGAGGCCGAGGACGUAGAGCAGUGGCAGGAGGCAGUGAGGGCAGAGCUGGAGCAUCUGGCGAAACUGGGGCAGCGGCUGGAGGCCCUGAGCCGGGUGACCUUGGAACCCGAGGCCCUCCGGGCUCAGCUGGCCCAGCACAAGCUCUUGGCGGCUGAGAUCCUCCAGCACCGGGAACUAGAGGAUCGGCUCCUACAUCUCAUGGACCUCGGCCUCUUGGGCCUCUGUCCCCUGGACGAGCAGCAGCAGCUGCAGCCAGAGCUCACGGCCCUGCGGGCCCGGGCGGAGGAAGUGCGGCAGGCGAGCGCGGCCGGGGUCCUGCGGCGGGAGCACGCGCUGUCCCUGUUGGCCCAGUUUGCAGAGGCGCGGGAUGAGCUGGAGCCCUGGCUUGAGCAGGCCCAGGGCCCCAUCUCCCAGCUGGACCCCAAUGGCGUGGACAGCCCGGAGGCCUGCAAGGAGCAGCAGGAGCUACUACAGAGCCUGCGCGAAGCCAUAGCCGAGCACCGGCCCCUGGUGGGGAAGCUGCAGCGAGUGGCCGGCCAGCUGAAGGAGCUGAGCCCCACCGAAGGAGGCCCUUUCCAAGAAGCCUGGCAGGGGGCCGAGGAGUCCCUCGGGACCAUCCGGGCCCACGUGAGCCGGGUGGCCGCUGCCCUGGAGGAGACCGUGCCCCGCUACAGCCAGCUCUGUGAGCGUCUGAGUCGGCUGGCAGAGCAGCUGGAACAGCUGUCCCAUCGGGUGCAGGCGGCGGGCACCGUGCGGGCCGAGGCCGGGCGCAUCCGGGAGCAGCUCCGGGAACAGGUCCGGCUGCUGGGCGACCUGGAACCCGUGGGAGCUGCCCUGGAAGCCGCUCAGGCCCGAGCCCAGGAGCUGGGGGCCGGGACGGCGAGCAGCAAGCCGGGGGCAGCGGCUCAAGCCCUGCAGGCCCAGGUGGAGCAGCUGAGGGGCCGCUGGCUGGAGGUGAGGGCUGAGGCCCGGGAGCAGGAGCAGAGGCUGCGGGGACUCCUGGUCCUGGCGGAGCAGUUUUGGCAGGGGUUGGCGGAGUUGGCAGGCAGCUUGGGUGGCACCCAGCACCUGGUACUGCACCUGGAGGAGGCGGGGCCUGAGCCAGAGGGUCUCCGGAGCCGGCUCAGCGCCAUGCAGGCCCUGCGGGAGGAGGUGGACGCGCUGCAGACCGAUCUGGAUGCCCUGGGGGCUUUGGGCCUGGAGCUGCUGUCAGCCUGCGGUGACGUGGACCGGCCCGAGGUCACCCGCAGCCUGGACGAGCUCUACGCCUCGUGGCACAACCUGAGCCGGGUGUGGACGGAGCGGAAUGGCCGGCUGGAGGAGCAGCUGCAGGAGGCAUUGGGCUACCAGGAGACCAUGCAGAGGCUCCUGGACUGGCUGGAAGGGGCCGAGCUGCGGAUGGGGGAGGAGUUCCUGGUUGGGGGUGACUUAGAGAUGGUGAAGCAGCAGCUGGACGAGCUGAAGGGUUUCAAGCAGGAACUGUACCAGAGCCGGGUGGAGGUGGAGAGCCUGCGGCACCGCCCGGCCCCGGGGGAUCCAGAGAAGCCCAGCCCCCCUCCUCUGUUGGGCGAUUUUCGCCAGCGCUGGGACCACCUGGAGGAAGAGGCUGUCAGCCGGCAGCACCAGCUGGAGGCUGCCCUGCUGGGUCUCGGGCAGCUGCAGCCCCAGCUGGAUGAGCUGGUCCAGUGGCUGGAGCACACAGCUGACCAGCUGCAGGGAGCCCCUUCCCUCGGCCUCGACCUGCAGAGCUGCGAGAUCGAGCUGGCCAAGCACCGGGUCCUGCGAAAUGACGUGCUGUCCCGGGCACGGACGGUCCAGUCCGUGAGUGAGGCUGCCAGAGGGCUGCUGGCCACCGGCCUGGGAGAGGCGGAGGCCGGCUUACAGCUGGCCCUGCAGACCCUGCAGCGGCGCUGGGAGUCCGUGCGGAGCGAGACCGAGAGCCGCCAGCUGCAACUGGAGAACAAUCUGGGCCAGCUGCAAGAUGUGGAGCUGGAGGCCUCGGAGCUACUGGAAUGGCUGGAGCAGGUGGACGUGCGGCUCUUUCUCUUCAAGCCAUCGUGGGGCCCUCCGGACACCCCCCAGGAGAGGCUGGCACUACACAUGGAGCUGUGCCGGGAGCUGGAGCAGAAGCGAGCAGCCUACGAGGGGCUGCGGGAGCGGCUGCAGCGACUGGUCCCCGCCGGACCCCGCCCCCUCCCCAGGCCGGUGGGCACCGAACACAGCCUGUGGCUGCUGGAACACACGUGGCAGCGGGUGGCCACUCGGGCCGGGGAACGCAAGGUCUGGCUUUCCGAGGGCCUGGCCCUCAGCACCGAGUUCCACCAGCGGGCGCAGGAGCUGGUGCGCUGGGGGGUGCAGGCAGAGGAGCGGCUCGGCGCCCUGCCUCCCCCAAGCCUCGUCCUGGACACUGUCAGUGCCCAGCUGCAGGAGCACAAGGCGCUGGCCCAGGAGGUGGCAUCUCAGGGAGAGAAGCUGGCGGGGCUGGAGUCCGUGGCCGGGCGGCUGAAGGGCUUCAGCCAAGAGCAGGACUGCACCAUGAUCCAGAGCCUGGUGUUCACGGCCCAGGAGUGGCUGGGCCGGGCCCGGCAACGGGUGGGCGAGAGGGGCACGGCCCUGGAGGAGGCGCGGCGGCGAGCCAAGCAGUUCACCGAGUCGCGACGGCUUCUCCUGGACUGGCUCGAUGAGGUGGAACCGACCCUGGAACUGCCCAGAGACUCAGCUCUGAACCAGGGGGAGAUCAAGGUCCAGCUGAGCCAGCACAAGGAGUUUCAGCGGGAGCUGCGGGGCAAACGGCCCGUGUUUGAGGCGACGCUGCGAGGGGGUCGCGCGUUGCGGGAGGGAGCGCUUCUCCCCGAGGACGCCGGGCCCCUCGAUCUGCUGCUGGCCGAGCUCCGGGGCCGCUGGGACGGGGUCUGCAGCAGGGCCCUUGAAAGGCAGCAGGCCCUGGAGGAAGUGCUGCUCUUCUCGGGCCGCUUUGCAGACGCCCUGCCCGCGCUCAUGGACUGGCUGUACCAGGCCGAGCCGCAACUGGCGGAGGAGGGGCCCGUGGCCGGCGACCGUGACUUGGUCAACCGCCUGGUGGACAAGCAUAAGGUGUUCCAGAAGGAGCUAGGCCGCAGGGCGGGCUGCGUGCGGCUGCUGCGGCGCUCGGUGCGGGAGCUGACGGGCGGCGGCGGCGGCGGCGCAGACUCCCAGUGGCUGCAGCGGCAGGUGGAGGAGCUCGGGCAGCGAUGGGAGCUCGUGUGCCGCCUCUCCCUGGCCCGGCAGGCCCGCCUCGAAGGCGCCCUGCAGCAGGCAGAGGAGUUCGAUGGGUUGGUCCACAGUUUCCUGGAGCGUCUGACAGACGUGGAGAAAACCCUCCGCCUGGGGCCUCUCCCUGAGGAGGAGGGGGCUGUGCGGGACUGUCAGAACCGGCUCCAGGAGCUGCUGCGGAACCUGCAGUGCCAGCAGUUGGAGCUGGAGUGUGUUACUUCGCUGGGCGAGGAGAUCCUGAACGACUGCCAUCCCGACGCCGUCAUCACCGUCCGCUCUUGGGUCAGCGUGGUCACCAGCCGCUUCCAGGAGGUGCUGAGCUGGGCCCAGAAACAGGGGCAGCGGGCGCAGGAACGACUGGAGGUGCUGGAGGCCCAGCGGGCGGAGCUGACCCGCCUCCUGGACUGGAUCACGGCCGCCGAAGAGGCGCUGACCCUGAGGGACCUGGAGCCGCUGCCUGAGGACAUGGAGCAGCUGGAGCGACUGCGCGCUCAGCACACGGAGUUCACCGAGGAACUGAAUCAGAAGCAGCCGGAGGUGGAAUUGGCCAUGAGGAGCUGCAACAGGAGAUCGAGCCUGGAGGCACCCCUUGCCCCUCAGCGGCCCCCGGCAGGGCGCCGUGGAGCGGGGAAGACGGGCUCAGCCCCCAGAAUGCCGCUGCUGGACCUGGAGCCCCAGAGCCCCCUGGCCGCCCAGCUCCUCGGCCGCUGGCAGCAGCUCUGGCUCAUAGCCCUUGACCGGCAGUAUCGGUUGCAGGCGGCCGCUCAGCGGCUAGAGGAGCAAGAGGCCUUUGCCCAUUUUGACUUUGGGGUCUGGCGACGGCGCUACCUCCAGUGGAUCGGUCACAGGAAAUCCCGCCUCCUCGACAUAUUCCGCAGCAUUGACCGUGACCAAGACGGACGGGUCAGUCACCAGGAGUUCAUCGACAGCGUCAUAGCCUCCAAGUUCCCCACCAGCCUCCUGGAGAUGAGCGCCGUGGCCAGCAUCUUCGACACCAACGGGGACGGCUUCAUCGACUACUGCGAGUUUGUCAGCGCUCUGCACCCCAGCCGGGACCCCAGAGGCCGGGGGCCUGACGCCGACCGCAUCCAGGAUGAGGUGACCCGGCAGGUGUCCCAGUGUAACUGUGCUCGGCGCUUCCUGGUGGAACAGAUCAGUGCCAACCGCUACAGGUUUGGAGAGUCCCAGCAGCUUCGAAUGGUGCGGAUUCUGCGGAGUUCACUGAUGGUGCGGGUCGGAGGGGGCUGGAUUGCCCUGGAUGAGUUUCUGGUGAAGAACGACCCCUGCAGAGUGAAAGGACGGACCAACCUGAAGAUCAACGAGAAAUACCUGUCUUCGGAGCGGACCGCCUGUUCGGCCAAGGCCCCGUCCCCCAGCCGCUCGGCCUCCAGCCUGAGCCUCUACAGCAGCGCCUCGGCUCCCAGCAGCCCCCUGACCCGGAAGCCUCAGUUUGUGCGGCGGCGGCCUCGCUCCGGGGACAGGGGCCCGCGGUCCCGCAGCUCCCUGCCGCUCACUGGCACCGACGCGCAAGUCAGCGCAGCCCAGCCACGGGGGGACAGAGGAGUCGCGGGGGCGGGAUCUGCGCGAGACCGAAAGGAGUCGGCGCGGGCCCCGGAGGAGAUGGAAGAGUCAGUGCGGGGGACGGAGGGAGAGGGGGCUGUGGUGCUGGGGAUCGAGGGGGCUCGGGGACCAGUGCAGGCGACGGAGGGGACGAGAGAGAUGAUGCGAGAGACGGAAGAGACGGGGCGGGCGACGGAGGGGACGGAAGAGAGGGGACGGCCUACGGAGGGGACGGGAGAGACGGGGCGGGCGACGGAGGGGACGGGAGAGACGGGGCGGGCGACGGAGGGGACGGGAGAGACGCGGCGGGCGACGGAGGGGACGGGAGAGACGGGGCGGGCGACGGAGGGGACGGAAGAGACGGGGUGGGCGACGGAGGGGACGGAAGAGAAAGGAUGGGUGUUGGAGCUUACGGAAGAGACGGUUUGGAUGACGGAGGGGACAGAAACGUCAGCUCAGGGGACAGAAGAGGUGGUGUGGGUGACGGAGGGGACGGAAGAGGGAGCACAAGGGACAGAAGAGACGGCGUGGGAGACGGAGAGGACGGAAGAGGCAUCACGAGGGACAGAAGAGCCGGUGCGGGGGACGGAAGGGACGGAAGAAACAGUCAAGGUAACGGAGGAGGUGGUUCAGGGGCCAGAGAGGACAGUGCAGGUGUUGGAGGAAAAGGACGAGACAGUCCGGGGGACCCGGGGGAAGACGGAGGCGGCCCACGAGACGCUGGCCGGGGACCAGUGGUUCUUCUGGUUUGGGGUGAAGUUGGGGGGCUCUGAGAUAUCCGAGGUUGUGAACCGUUGA